AUGACUACCUACAUGCCAGGUUAUUCAAAUGCAGAUCCUAAUGUAGCAAUGAAUGAUCCAAAUGAAAACUAUAGAAAGACACAAUCACAGAUUUAUAGUUUACAAGAGACUAUAUUGGAUUCAACUAGAAGAGCGAAUCUGACUCCUAAAUCCGAUUCUCGAGGAAACUCUGAAAGUUUGUCACAUAAUGAUGAUCCUAAUUUAGUAACUCAAGGAAAUAUACAGAUAUCUAAAAUGGAUUCAUUACCUAUAUUGAAUUAUACACGAGAUAAAUAUAAAAAGGAACCAGUAUUGAUUGGUGAAAUGGAAUAUGUGUCAAAUAAGAUGGGACAAUUUAUGAAAUACCCAAAGGUUGGUCUAAUUAAUAAUAAGCUUGAUAAUGUAGAUUUGCCAUACCCUUAUAAUUUUAAAAAACAAUAUACACCAGAUUGUUUUUUACCACCUUUUAAUCGAACAAAUAUAAACAAAUUAGUUAAGAUAAAAAUAAAUUCAAAUGAAAUUACUAACUUUCUCUCAGGUGAUUCUACAAGAUUACAAAAUAGGGAAAUUUGGGGGUCCGAUAUAUACACAGAUGAUUCAGAUCCUUUAGUUGUUUUAAAACAUAUCGGUUUUUUCAAUAUGUUAGAUAGUAAAAAUGAUUCAAAUGAUAUACCGAGAAAGAGAACGCCAGCAAAUAUACAAAAUCAAGAUAAUGUUGUAGGCGGUGCAUUUAUUCCCUUCGAAACUAGCCUUGAGGUUACAAUUUUGAUUUUAGACUGUCUUGAAGGUUAUGUUGGUUUGAACAAGAACGGUGUUGUGGCUAGAAGUUGGCUGGGCCCUGCUCACCAUGAUGGUCUAAGUUUUGGUAUUUAUGAGAUCAAAGUUACUCAUUCCAUGGAAGAAGUGGAUAUAAGUGCCUGGAAGACCCAAAAAUAA